CGGUUGCAUUGGUCCAGCAAGUCAAUUUCUUAACCUCCAAGCAUAUGACCAAGCCCAUUACACCAUUACAUUGUUGGAUCCGCCCCUCGUAUUAUUGUAGCCUGUUGGCUGUGACCAGCUCCAAAUUAACCAAUCCAUCGGGAGGAAGAGAACUGCUACUAUGGCGAGCCUCCUCCAGAAGUCCGUAGACGCUGUAGAAUGGGACGCUGAGGACAUCUCCGGCAGGCUGGGCCUGGUCUUGCAUGCCGCCUUCCUCUUCGCCGGUUUCCAGCCCUACGGCAGACAGCCACGGUCGGGAUACCUUCUGAAGAAGCAAUCACGCAAGAGGGGAGGCUCGGCGUGCCUCUCCCGACUGUACACCGCGCCAGAGCUUGCGCAGCGUGAGGGCGCAGACGCUGCCGUGCUGAUGUUGUGUGUGCAGGGAAGCAACGUGGCGCUCCUCGUGUUCAUCACCACCGACGGCGACGACACGCCGGAGGACGUGUACCUGGAACAUCUGGAUCUCGAGAUCGUGAGACCGCUCCUCUCCCGCAGCCUUGGGGGCGUGGAGCCAUGGGCGUCGCGGAUCUGUAAGUCGCUCGCCAACGGCGUGUGUUGGUGCUUCCUCGACAAGCUGUGCCGCAGGAACGGUCUGGCGCUGAGCGGCUUCUCGUCCCUGCACGACGACCUCAAGGCUGUGGUCUUGGCAAAGCUCACCGACGGCAAGGACCUUGCGAGGGUGGAGUGCGUUAGCUCCCAGCUGAGGCUGCUCGUUGCGGAGCGCGACCACGAGCUGUGGAGGACCUUGUACAAGGCCCUACCUGCGGGCCGGCGCAGGGGCUGGUGGUGGUCUCUGCGGUGGUUCCUCCCCAACGCCGAGAGCUCCGACGAUGAGACUCUCGAUGUCGCAUCGACCUGGAAGGACAAGUACGUGGAGGCCAUGCGGCGUCCCUAUCCCUAUCGUAUGUCGUUCAGGUCGCGCUCGUGGUACUUCGAUCCUGUUGAUUGGCGGAGGGACCUGUUGUCACAACCCCUUGGUUACUGGUUCGUCCAAGAUCCGCCGGAGGAGGACGAGGAGAAGACGAACCCUCCAAGGGUCGACAGAAGCGGCGGCGGCCACCGCCGGAAGCUGGCACGGAACGACUUCAAGAAGUGGCAUGGUGGCGGCGCGAUCCACUCGCCGUCGUCACGCUAUCGGUGGAAACAUCGCUAGCUUGAUGCCUUGAUCUCAUCAUCAUGCGCUGCUCAUAUGCGACUAAUCGGUGCUGGAAGAAAAAAAGGACACGCUAAAGUUUCUGGAAAAGGAACAUCUAGAUUAUGGAAUGGUUUAAUCGAAAUUUAGUGUUGAAACUAUCAUAGAUUUUAGUCAGUGUCUUGGUCUUAUGGCAUUUCUGCUUGAUACGA